GCGCACUCAUCGCGGAGGCCCUUAUAUACCGGCUAUUUUGGGUAUUCUACCUCCAUCCUGAACGCCGUUUCCUCCGCUCGCACAAUUGGUCAAACUGCAAUAUUUAUAAGGUAGGAGGUACUCCUACCACCCAAACUUGUUCAUGACUCUGGAACACUACUUUAUGGAAAGGCAAGCGAACUUAGGCAAGUCGUUUUGAUUCCUCCCGAGGAGUAAGGUGCACAUAAAAGAACGUAAAAUAGAUUUUAGUUCAACCCCGACGUUUGGAAAUGGCCUUAACCGGCACCAUUUUGCCAUCGAUUUCUACAUUCGCCAGUCAGAAGGAGAAACUUUGGGAAAAUAGGUGGAAAGUAGAGGCAGAGAAGCCACUCACAUCCACGGGCGUUACGCUGAACAUGGUACAUAAUAUUGACACUUGUCGCGGCAGAAAGGACGACGAGGAUCUGAGCAAUUACUUAGAUCUGGAGUUUAUUCUGGCCAACACGAGCGGACCGGAGAGCAUGGUCCCGCUCGGUACAGGUGCGGAGUAUAACCCAACAGCGGAGCCUUGCGGCAUGUACCAGGCGGGGAACAUGAGCGCGUACGCGCCGCCCGACCACUGCACGCCGCCUCCGCAGUACAACAGCCUCAUGGCAGAACUUUUACAUUCCGAAGUCGACACCUCGUACGGCAUGGCAUCAAACGCUGCGAUUCACGGAAGGUUCAUCGUCAACUCGACGGGGUUCCCCAGACAGGACUUUGUUGAUAACAUCAAAGUCGAGCCAUCCAUGGACGGAUACGGACCGGUAAUCGGAAUGGUUCCCCAGAGCUGCCAAAAAAUCAAGCAAGAAGGCAACAUUUCCUGCAUGAUGGCCUUCGAUCAGCCGAGACUAGCGGUGUCUCCGCAGGCGGCCGGUAACAUGACCCCGCCGCUCAGUCCGGACGACCAGGCUAACGGUCAGACCCAGAUCUGCCACUCCGUAUUCCCGCAGGGCUAUCACGGCGCCCCGGCGUACUCAGGCCAUGCGCCGCCUCAGCACAUGCCGCUAACCUACACGGGGACGCAUGCGUUCGGCAUGUUCGAGGACGGUCUCGGCGUGCAGCCCAACACGCAGCGGACGCUACUGACACCUCCGUCCUCGCCGCUGGAGCUACUGGAGUCCAAGCCGAAGCGAGGGCGACGUACAUGGCCCAGGAAGCGCACAGCCACGCACACAUGCACCUUCGCUGGCUGCGGCAAGACCUACACAAAGAGCUCGCACCUCAAGGCGCAUCACCGAACUCACACAGGUGAGAAGCCUUACCAUUGCAACUGGGAAGGCUGCGGGUGGAAAUUCGCCCGCUCCGACGAGCUGACGCGCCACUUCCGCAAACACACCGGCCACCGUCCCUUCCAGUGUCACCUGUGCGAGCGCGCCUUCUCCAGGUCGGACCACCUGGCGCUGCACAUGAAGAGACACAUGUGAGGGCAGCGAACAGCACACUCCAAGGACAAUCAUUUGCGUCCAAAAGCGUUAUUACUGCCUUAUUUAAUUACUUUGUAAAAGACCCAAAGACAUUUUUUUUUUGUCGAUUUAUAUUGUUAUUAUCCUUUUGUAACAAUGUAGCUGGUACUACGUCGGAUAGCCUACACACAGCCAUUUUAAAGGCCGUAUAACUGUUUUUGGGGCAAACACCAACCUGCCGGGCUGGUCCUAAAUAUAUCUAUGUUUAAACUGGAAACAGAAUAUAAGUUAAAACAGUGCCUUUAUUGCGACGAGUAGCGUACAUACAGCCCGAAUAGUGCAAGCCUGAUGACUAGCAAACCUCGAAGAAACAAUCAACAAUCAACGAUGAUCUCCACACGUAUAUGCGUAUGGAAAACAGCGACAAUGUUUUGCUCUAGAAACUGCCUCCAAAUUGUUUCUAACGACCAGAAUUGUAUGUUCACGCGUUUAUAGAUUUUGUGAUAUACCCAGCCAUUAUUUGAAUUGUUCACAAAUAAGCAUUUUUAUUCAAACAUUGUAUCAUGAAGGUACAAUAACCUAUUCAAGCCCGAUUGUAUAUAUUAGCACAUACAGCAGGGCUGGAUGUCCUGCGUGUUUUAUAAGACUAUGUACAUACAUUUUGUAUUGUAAGUAAUGUAUUUAUUGUACAUAUUAAACUAAAUUUGAAUAUA